CAGCAACAUCGAGCGAUUGACAUAUACGGAACUGCUGCAAACAGAUUCCGUGAUGAAUAAGAGUUUACGACACCAAUUCUUAGUUUACCGGACCCGGGUCAAGCUGAUGAGUCUUCGGCGAGCAACUUAUGUCAUUUCCUUUUGCCCCGGAUUUUGUCGAGUCACACUUUCAACCAUCUCAACCCGAGCAAUUUCUUCAUACUCUCACAUGAAACGAAAACAAACUGAGAUCAAGGAGUAUCCGCAGUUGAAGAGACUUCGAGGCAAGAUGGCUACUACGCAGAUCAAACUUACUGCACAAGAGAGUCGAUUAAGGGAACUCCUACUCGACGUAGCUCGAUAUAUUGACGAGUCCAAGGAGAUCAAAGAGAAGAUCGAGCUUCGAUUCGCGGGAGGAUGGGUUCGGGAUAAGCUUCUUGAAAUUCCCAGUCAUGAUAUUGACACCGCCAUCAAUGCUAUGACCGGCUAUGCCUUCAGUACCAAGAUGCAGGAAUACCUCAAGAACGAGGAGAACUUGAAAAAACAUGCUUUAGAGGCCAAAGAUCUUGGAAAUCUACACAAGAUUCUGGCAAACCCUGAAAAGUCAAAGCAUCUUGAGACGGCCACCACGAAGAUUUUUGGAUUUGAUGUUGAUUUCGUCAAUCUCCGGAAGGAGACAUAUUCUGACGACAGCCGAAACCCUCAAAUGGAAUUUGGUACUGCAGAGGAAGAUGCGUUGAGACGGGAUGCUACGAUCAAUGCACUUUUCUACAAUUUACGCACUGACUUGGUUGAAGACUUCACAUCAGGUAUUGAGGACCUUGCCGCUCGUCGGAUCCGGACCCCUCUCGAACCAAAAACUACCUUCACGGACGAUCCUCUGCGUGUACUGAGGUUGAUUCGCUUUGCAAGUCGAUUGGGUUUCAGUAUCGAUCCUGCUUCCGAAGCUUCCAUGAGCGACCCAGCUGUUAUGGAAGCUCUGAAAUUGAAGAUCAGUAGGGAACGGGUUGGCGUUGAAUUGGAGAAAAUGCUGAAAGGCAAUGAUCCCAUGGGCUCUCUGCAGUUAAUUGAUCGACUAGGUCUCUAUUCUACCAUCUUUACAGACCCAACAUCGCAAGGACAUUCAGCACCCACAACAGCCAACUGGGCCAUCGCUUACAACUGCCUGCACGAGUUGAAAUCUAACGAGACACCAGGUUCGAUUUAUCAAUCACUUGUCCGCUCAGAUGAUGCGAAGUAUAUCAGCUGGGUCCUAGCAGCCAUCACACCUUGGUCUCAGAUGCCACUUCCUCAACCCGCAAAAUCUGGUGGCAAAUUGCCUCCACCACUUGGCAGCAUGGUCAUACGAGAAGGAAUCAAAGCCGAGAACAAGAUCUACAAUGUCGUUACCGGAUCAUUCAGACACCACGAAGAAAUCGCGGCUUUGAAAGACGCUAUCAUUCAGAAGGUAGAGUACACCACCCAUCGAGAUAAGUUGGGCAUGACCAUCCGUAGAUGGGAUGCCCAGGGCGGCCAUUGGCGGCUCCAGGCUUUGUUCGCUCUGAUGGUUGGGGCAUUGAAGAAAGACUCGAAAUCCUUCGAAGAUUUGUUCAGCGAUUGGCAAAUAUUUGUUGAUCACUUGGAAGCUAUGGAUAUAAUGGACGCACCAGCUGAGCGAAGUAUUAUCGAUGGAAAAAUGUUGUCCAAGGAGCUCGGCGGUGUGAAGCCUGGAGUUUGGAUGCGUCCCGCUCUGGAGGUGGUCAUGGAGUGGCAGCUUCGGAACCCUGGUAUCACAGACUAUAAGGACGCUAUUGAGGAAGUGCGUAAGCGGAGUGAGGAGCUGAAGAUACCGAAGUCAUGAGUACCUGUGAUGGUUGAAUAGGCUACUUCAUUAAAGGUCCUGCCACAGUACAACUGUUUGCAAAAUUCCUCCUAGUGCUUUUAUGGAAACCAAAUUAGCAAUGCGUAGCAGCAAUUUGCAUAUCAAGCAGCCUGCGUACAAGUACCAAGGUGAAACUUCGUGCCUCGCCUUGGGUCUCCCGAGUCCACCAUUCGCCAUAUUGCUUCGGCCAGCAUUGAUUCCUUGAUUUGGUACUGACUCAGGGUACGCAAUCGUUUUCACAUCACCUUACUCGGUUUCUCGUCUACUCACCUUUUCAUAUUUAUUGUUGAAGAUGCAGCUACUGCCAUCACCAAGCCCAACAAUCUAAAGAUUCAUCUCGGCAUCAACCUGACCACUUACACAAUUCCCCAGCCAUGCGCUUCCUCACCUUCAUUCUGCGAUGGCAGGUUUGGGUGACAACAUCGCAACCUUCUCAUUAAUCAUUCUCGCUUACCUGGGAAUCAUCCAACGUAGGACCCCCCAAUUCGAAUAGGGCAUCCCAAAAGGUAUUGAGCCGUUCGACAUUGAACGUACUUGCCGCUACAUGAAUGCGGAGUAGAGAGAAAUAGUUACAAUCAGGGAAAUUGCUUUCGCAAUUGGCACUCGACGGAAGAGAAAGAACGUACUGUGGGAGGGUUAUCGAAUCCCAUAGAUGGAGAUGUAUGAAAGUGUUCUGGAGACUUGAAGCUGAAGCCAUGAAAUUGAUUAUAGUAACCCUUACUCUACGAAACUAAUGGCUUCCAUUUCGCAGGCUACAACCAAAUAGAUAAUAUCAGUG